ACACCACAGCUCAUGACAACACUGGAUCCUUAACCCACUGAGCAAGGCCAGGGAUCAAACCGGUGUUCUUAAUUUUGUUAGCCAUUUUCAUGUAAGAAACAUUUUUAAGGUAGACUUUUCUGAGUUGAAAAUGACCUGUAUUUGUAAUAAUAGCAAUAGCAAUAACAUAUUUAUAUAGGCACCUUCAAUUUUCAAAGUCUAUCUAUCUAUCUAUCUAUCUAUCAAAUCUCCUUGGUUUAAGCCUUACUCUGUUUUUACAUUUAAGUAUCCUGUGUGUUAUACUUUGAGUUUGUUUGCUAGGAAUAUGGAUGAGUGUUUAGUGUGUGCAUGUGUGUAUUUGUACAAAGCAUGCUGGGCUCUUGUUGAAGCCACCACUUAACAUGUGUAAAUAGAUGAAAUUGGGUUUCUUGUUACAAAAACAGCCCUAAUUUCCUUUCUUAUCAAGCAGAAUCCUGGAACUUUAUAAGCUCCUUGAGAGCAGGAACUGUGUUUUAUUCAUCAGUCACUAGAAUCAGGUUAAGAAGAUUGGUAGGAUCAGUUAUACAAUGUUUUAACUCCACAACUUUCUUCUAUUUGUAUCACCCAUAGUGUCUUACUUCUAUGUUCAACAAAACUUGAUUACCUGCCUUUAAUGUGUCAUUGCAUCAUGCUUGGUUCGAGGAAAUUCAAGGAUCUCCCCCAACCCAAAUACACACACACACACACACACACACACACACUCAGUAUCUCUGGCUUUAAGAAGCCCCUGGUCUGUCAAGAGUAGACAGCUGGGUAGACGUGCAGUCGCGCCACAGUGUUACAGGUGCUCUGUCAGAAGAAUUCAGUGGAAAGAGGAGGCACAGAGGAGGGAGUGGUUUGUGUUACCUGGUUGCCAGGAAGUCUGUACUCAAGGCUUCAUAACAGAAGUCACGCUUGAGCUGAGGCUUGAAAGAUUAUCAUUUGGAAUGGAGGAAAUGAGAUCUUAAAAAUGUAACUUUCUUACAUUUACCUUAGGACACUAAAGGACAUUAAGAGUUAAUCCUCUUUCUGGAGUAGCCUCUUCACUGGCUAAAAUGUACCUCUUCAGUUUGAGACACAUUCAAGGAUGUUACAGUUUUCUCAUUAUGCAUUGUGUCUGUUCUGUGUUGAAGUACCUGUAGGAAGAAAAUGAAGUGCAGGUUUUGUGUGGGGGUUGAGAGCUGAUUGAAUUGCGGGUGUGUCAAAAAGCAACCAGCAGAGUCCCCAAAUCAUUUUUGUCCCUGGCUUCUUUUUUUUUUUUUUUUUUCCCAAGGCUUUCUUCAUUGUAACCAGUCCCUGAUGGUAAUUGGUUGAAUCAGAUUUAACAAUGCAGUCAGAUAAACAGUUGUGGCAGCUGCUGCCAUGGCAACGUCACCGUCCUCACCCUCCCAGUGCGCGCCCCUUCCCCACCCCUCCUCCUCCUCCUGCUUUCCUCCAGUAAGUGCAUACUCGCUAGUGGUCUGUACAGGCGGCAGGGUUUAAUGGCAGAGCUAUUUUCUUCCCAAACUGUUCAAAAUGAUGAACGAAGAUGCAGCUCAGAAAAGCGACAGUGGAGAGAAGUUCAAUGGCAGUAGUCAGAGAAGAAAAAGACCCAAGAAGUCUGACAGCAAUGCAAGCUUCCUCCGUGCUGCCAGAGCAGGCAACCUAGACAAAGUGGUGGAAUAUCUGAAGGGGGGCAUAGACAUCAAUACCUGCAACCAGAAUGGACUCAACGCUCUCCAUCUGGCUGCCAAGGAGGGCCACGUGGGGCUGGUCCAGGAGCUGCUGGGAAGAGGGUCCUCUGUGGAUUCUGCUACGAAGAAAGGAAAUACUGCUCUUCACAUUGCGUCCUUGGCUGGACAAGCAGAAGUUGUCAAAGUCCUUGUUAAGGAAGGAGCCAAUAUUAACGCACAGUCUCAGAAUGGCUUCACUCCUUUGUACAUGGCUGCCCAAGAGAACCACAUCGAUGUUGUAAAAUAUUUACUGGAAAAUGGAGCUAAUCAGAGCACUGCCACCGAGGAUGGCUUCACGCCCCUCGCGGUGGCCCUCCAGCAAGGACACAACCAGGCGGUGGCCAUCCUCUUGGAGAAUGACACCAAAGGGAAGGUGCGGCUGCCAGCUCUGCAUAUUGCAGCGAGGAAAGAUGACACCAAAUCUGCCGCACUCCUGCUUCAGAACGAUCACAAUGCUGACGUACAAUCCAAGAUGAUGGUGAAUAGGACAACCGAGAGUGGUUUCACCCCUUUGCACAUCGCCGCCCACUAUGGAAACGUCAACGUGGCCACUCUUCUUUUAAACCGGGGAGCUGCUGUGGACUUCACAGCCAGGAAUGGAAUCACUCCUCUGCAUGUGGCUUCCAAAAGGGGAAACACAAACAUGGUGAAGCUCUUACUGGAUCGUGGUGGUCAGAUUGAUGCUAAAACUAGGGAUGGGUUGACACCCCUUCAUUGUGCUGCAAGAAGUGGACAUGACCAAGUGGUGGAGCUUCUGCUGGAGAGGGGGGCUCCCUUGUUGGCAAGGACGAAGAAUGGGCUGUCUCCACUUCACAUGGCGGCACAGGGGGACCACGUGGAAUGUGUGAAGCACCUGCUACAGCACAAGGCACCUGUUGAUGACGUCACCUUGGACUACCUGACAGCCCUCCACGUUGCUGCACACUGUGGCCACUACCGUGUAACCAAACUCCUUCUGGACAAGAGAGCCAAUCCCAACGCCAGAGCCCUGAAUGGUUUUACUCCACUGCACAUUGCCUGCAAGAAAAACCGCAUCAAAGUCAUGGAACUGCUGGUGAAAUAUGGGGCUUCAAUCCAAGCUAUAACAGAGUCUGGCCUCACACCAAUACAUGUGGCUGCCUUCAUGGGCCACUUGAACAUUGUCCUCCUUCUGCUGCAGAACGGAGCCUCUCCAGAUGUCACUAACAUUCGUGGGGAGACGGCACUGCACAUGGCAGCCCGGGCGGGGCAGGUGGAAGUGGUCCGAUGCCUCCUGAGAAACGGUGCUCUCGUCGAUGCCAGAGCCAGGGAGGAACAGACACCUUUGCAUAUUGCCUCUCGCCUGGGUAAGACAGAAAUUGUUCAGCUGCUUCUACAGCAUAUGGCUCAUCCAGAUGCAGCCACCACAAAUGGGUACACACCACUGCACAUCUCUGCCAGGGAAGGCCAGGUAGACGUGGCAUCCGUCCUCCUGGAAGCAGGAGCAGCUCACUCCUUAGCUACCAAGAAGGGUUUUACCCCACUGCACGUAGCAGCCAAGUAUGGAAGCCUGGAUGUGGCAAAACUUCUCUUGCAACGCCGUGCUGCCGCAGACUCUGCGGGGAAGAAUGGCCUUACCCCGCUCCAUGUUGCUGCUCAUUAUGACAACCAGAAGGUGGCACUGCUGUUGCUGGAGAAGGGUGCUUCCCCUCAUGCCACUGCCAAGAAUGGCUACACUCCUUUACAUAUUGCUGCCAAGAAGAAUCAAAUGCAGAUAGCUUCCACACUGCUGAACUAUGGAGCAGAGACAAACAUCGUGACCAAGCAAGGGGUGACUCCGCUCCAUCUGGCCUCACAGGAGGGGCACACAGAUAUGGUCACCUUGCUUCUGGAUAAGGGAGCCAACAUCCACAUGUCAACCAAGAGUGGACUCACGUCCUUACACCUUGCAGCCCAGGAAGAUAAAGUCAACGUUGCUGAUAUUCUCACCAAGCAUGGAGCCGACCAGGAUGCUCACACAAAGCUCGGUUACACUCCUUUAAUUGUGGCCUGUCACUAUGGAAAUGUGAAAAUGGUCAACUUUCUUCUGAAGCAGGGAGCCAAUGUCAAUGCAAAAACCAAGAAUGGCUACACGCCUCUGCACCAGGCCGCCCAGCAGGGCCACACGCACAUCAUCAACGUCCUGCUGCAGCACGGGGCCAAGCCCAACGCGACCACCGCGAAUGGCAACACUGCCCUGGCGAUUGCUAAGCGUCUGGGCUACAUCUCCGUGGUGGACACCCUGAAGGUUGUAACGGAGGAGGUCACCACCACCACCACGACUAUCACUGAAAAACACAAGCUAAAUGUUCCUGAGACCAUGACUGAGGUUCUUGAUGUUUCUGAUGAAGAGGGUGAUGACACGAUGACGGGCGAUGGGGGAGAAUACCUUAGACCCGAGGAUCUAAAAGAGCUGGGUGAUGACUCUCUACCCAGCAGUCAGUUCCUGGAUGGGAUGAACUACCUGCGUUACAGCUUGGAGGGAGGACGCUCCGACAGCCUUCGAUCCUUCAGUUCCGACAGGUCUCACACCCUGAGCCAUGCCUCUUACCUGAGGGACAGUGCCAUGAUCGACGACACGGUUGUGAUACCCAGUCACCAGGUGUCAGCUCUAGCCAAGGAGGCAGAAAGGAAUUCUUAUCGUCUAAGCUGGGGCACUGAGAACUUAGACAACGUGGCUCUUUCUUCCAGUCCUAUUCAUUCAGGUUUCCUGGUUAGUUUUAUGGUGGAUGCCCGGGGUGGCGCCAUGCGAGGAUGCAGACACAACGGGCUCCGUAUCAUUAUUCCACCUCGGAAAUGUACCGCCCCAACUCGAGUCACCUGCCGACUGGUCAAACGCCAUAGACUGGCGACAAUGCCUCCAAUGGUGGAAGGAGAAGGCCUGGCCAGUCGCCUGAUUGAAGUUGGACCUUCUGGUGCUCAGUUCCUUGGUAAACUUCACCUGCCAACGGCUCCUCCCCCACUUAAUGAGGGAGAAAGUUUGGUCAGCCGCAUCCUUCAGCUGGGGCCUCCUGGAACCAAAUUCCUUGGGCCUGUGAUCGUGGAGAUCCCUCAUUUUGCCGCCCUUCGAGGAAAGGAGAGGGAACUGGUCGUCCUGCGCAGUGAGAACGGGGACAGCUGGAAAGAGCAUUACUGUGAAUACACUGAGGACGAACUGAACGAAAUCCUCAAUGGCAUGGAUGAAGUGCUUGACAGCCCGGAAGACCUAGAAAAGAAACGAAUCUGCCGCAUCAUCACCCGUGACUUCCCACAGUACUUUGCAGUGGUGUCUCGCAUCAAACAGGACAGCAACCUGAUUGGCCCAGAGGGCGGUGUACUGAGCAGCAUGGUGCCUCAGGUGCAGGCCGUCUUCCCAGAGGGGGCGCUCACCAAGCGGAUCCGUGUAGGCCUCCAGGCUCAACCUAUGCACAGUGAGUUGGUUAAGAAGAUCCUAGGCAACAAAGCUACCUUCAGCCCUAUAGUCACCUUGGAACCUAGAAGAAGAAAAUUUCACAAGCCAAUUACCAUGACCAUUCCUGUCCCCAAAGCUUCAAGUGAUGUCAUGUUGAAUGGUUUUGGGGGAGAUGCACCAACCUUAAGAUUACUAUGCAGCAUCACAGGUGGAACCACUCCUGCUCAGUGGGAAGAUAUUACAGGAACUACACCAUUAACAUUUGUCAAUGAAUGUGUUUCCUUUACAACCAAUGUGUCUGCCAGGUUCUGGCUGAUAGAUUGUCGACAAAUCCAGGAAUCCGUUACCUUCGCAUCACAAGUAUAUAGAGAAAUUAUCUGUGUACCAUACAUGGCCAAAUUUGUAGUGUUUGCCAAAUCACAUGACCCCAUUGAAGCCAGGUUGAGGUGUUUCUGCAUGACUGAUGACAAAGUGGAUAAGACUCUUGAACAGCAAGAAAACUUCGCUGAGGUGGCCAGAAGCAGGGAUGUGGAGGUAUUAGAAGGAAAACCCAUCUAUGUUGAUUGUUUUGGCAACCUGGUGCCAUUAACCAAGAGUGGCCAACAUCAUAUAUUCAGUUUUUUUGCCUUCAAAGAAAACAGACUUCCUCUCUUUGUCAAGGUACGUGAUUCGACUCAGGAACCUUGCGGACGACUAUCAUUUAUGAAAGAGCCAAAAUCUACAAGAGGCCUUGUGCAUCAAGCUAUUUGCAACUUAAACAUCACCCUGCCAAUUUAUACGAAGGAAUCAGAGUCAGAUCAAGAACAGGAGGAAGAGAUCGAUAUGACAUCAGAAAAAAAUGAUGAGACAGAAUCUACAGAAACAUCUGUCCUGAAAAGUCACCUGGUUAAUGAAGUUCCUGUCCUGGCAAGUCCGGACUUGCUCUCUGAAGUUUCUGAGAUGAAACAAGAUUUGAUCAAAAUGACCGCCAUCCUGACCACAGAUGUGUCUGAUAGGGCAGGUUCCCUUAAAGUGAAGGAGCUGGUGAAGGCUGCCGAGGAAGAGCCAGGGGAGCCUUUUGAGAUUGUUGAAAGAGUUAAAGAGGACUUAGAGAAAGUGAACGAAAUCCUGAGAAGCGGAACCUGCGCAGGAGAUGAAGGCAGUGAGCCCAGGUCCCAGCCAGAGAGAGAAGUAGUGGAAGAGGAGUGGGUUAUUGUCAGUGAUGAGGAGAUAGAGGAGGCGAAGCGGAAAGCACCUUUAGAAAUCACCGAAUAUCCAUGUGUAGAAGUUAGACUAGAUAAAGACACCAAAGUCAAAGUAGAGAAAGACUCCCUGGGGCUCGUGAACUACCUGACUGAGGAUCUAAAUUCCUACGUGCCCCCACACGGAGAACCACUGCAGAUGGAGCGAGAGCUGGCAGGAAAACAGGAGGCACUGGGUCCUGGCAGGAGCUCUGAGAGUGAAGGGAAAGAUGCCCCCUCCGAGGAGACACAGAGUACCCAGAAACAGCCUAAGCCAAGCCUGGGAAUAAAGAAGCCAGUGAGAAGGAAAUUGAAAGAUAAACAAAAACAAAAAGAGGAUAGUUCACAAGCUAGUGCAGACAAAAGCGAACUUAAAAAAGGUAGUUCGGAAGAGUCAUUAGAUGAAGACACAGGUUUAGCCCCCGAGCCUCUUCCUGCAGUAAAAGCUACAUCCCCUUUGAUAGAAGAAACUCCUAUUGGUUCCAUAAAGGACAAGGUGAAGGCCCUUCAGAAACGUGUGGAGGAUGAACAGAAAGGGCGAAGCAAGUUGCCUGUCAGAGUCAAAGGCAAAGAGGAUGUGCCAAAAAAGAUAACCCACAGGACGCAGCUAGCUGCUUCGCCCUCUCUCAAGUCCGAGAGGCAUGCACUAGCCUCUAAACCAGAAAGGCACUCUUCUCUUUCCUCCCCUGCAAAAACUGAAAGGCAUCCUCCAGUAUCACCAUCCAGUAAGACUGAGAAACACUCACCUGUGUCGCCCUCUGCAAAAACUGAACGCCACUCUCCUGUGUCAUCAUCCAGCAAAACUGAGAAACACUCGCCCGUGUCACCCUCAACAAAACCCGACCGCCACUCUCCUGUAUCCUCUGCUACAAAAACAGAAAGACACCCACCUGUUUCACCUUCAGGGAAGACAGACAAACGCCCCCCUGUAUCGCCCUCUGGGAGAACAGAGAAACAUCCGCCGGUGUCACCUGGCAGAACAGAGAAACGCUUGCCUGUUUCACCAGCCGGAAGAAUGGAAAGGCAUUCGCCUAUGUCAACCUCUGGAAAAACCGAGAAGCACCUGCCUGUGUCACCUUCCGGGAAGACGGACAAGCAACCCCCUGUCUCUCCCACCUCAAAAACAGAAAGGAUCGAAGAGACGAUGUCUGUUCGGGAGCUGAUGAAAGCUUUCCAGUCGGGUCAGGACCCAUCUAAACAUAAGACUGGGCUCUUUGAGCACAAAUCGGCAAAGCAAAAACAGCCACAAGAAAAAGGCAAAGUCCGGGGAGAAAAAGAAAAGGGACUGACAGUCACUCAGAAGGAGACACAGAAAACGGAGACUCAGACAAUCAAACGAAGCCAGAUUCCUGGUCACGGGACCCCAGAAUCCAGAAGAGCAGCCCGUGCUUCCUCCAUAGUUAAGAGAGAAGAGGGAGCUGGAGAAAGGGGGAAAGCUCUCAACCACAAAACACCAGAGCCUGUUCAGUCAGCACCUGAAGAAGAAAGCCAUAAAGUAGAAAGCCCCAAAGAGAAGCUAGCUGAUGAACAGGGAGACAUGGAUCUCCAGAUCAGCCCAGACAGGAAAACCUCUACUGACUUUUCUGAUGUCAUCAAGCAGGAGUUGGAAGACAAUGACAAAUACCAAGAGUUCUGCCACAGCGAGGACGAGAAGGCGCAGCUUCACUUAGACCAAGUGCUCACUAGUCCUUUCAACACAACCUUCCCACUAGAUUACAUGAAAGAGGAAUUCCUCCCAGCCCUGUCCUUGCAGAGCGGUGCUUUGGAUGGCAGUUCUGAAAGUCUGAAGCAUGAAGGGGCAGCUGGCUCUCCCUGUGGCAGUCUGAUGGAAGGGACCCCCCAGAUUAGUUCAGAAGAAAGCUAUAAGCACGAGGGCCUAGCAGAGACCCCCGAGACAAGCCCCGAAAGCCUUUCUUUCUCACCAAAGAAAACUGAGGAGCAAACUGAGGAAACAAAGGAAACGACCAAGGUAGAAUCACCACCAGAAAUUCAUUCUGAAAAGGAAGAUCCCUCAACCAAAGAUGUUACAGACAGUUCGGCAGGGCAAGGUGCUGUAGUCACUGGGGGCACGGAGCCCUCUGCUGAGUGUUUGCUGAAGGAGGCCACCCUAGAACCUUCCAAAGACACAUGCCCCCAACCAGAAGAUGAAGGCCUUGACAGUCAAGGUGAAUCAUUAGCAAAAGAAACACCCAAAGGACUGACUGAGGGAGUGCCCCAUGGUGAAGAUCCACUUACACAUGUUAGUUCAGCCCAUGAGAAACAAACUGAUACAGAAGCUCAGAAAUCCACAGCCAGCAAGCCCUCGGAUGAGACCGCAGCCUCACCCCUGCCAGAUGCUGUCGUAAAGACAAGCCCAGGGACUGAAUCAAAGCCCCAGGGAGUCAUUAGAAGUCCCCAAGGGUUAGAACUUGCCCUCCCUAGCCGCGACAGUGAGGUCUUCAGCCCUGGGGCUGAUGAAUCCUUCGCAGUGAGUCACAAAGACUCUCUGGAAGCCAGCCCAGUGCUAGAGGACAACUCCUCACACAAAACUCCUGAUUCUCUGGAACCGAGUCCUCUGAAAGAAUCCCCUUGUCGUGACUCUCUUGAAAGCAGCCCUGUUGAACCAAAGAUGAAGGCGGGAAUUCUCCCAAGUCAGUUUCCCCUUCCUUCGGCUGUUGCCAAAACAGAACUCAUCACGGAAGUGGCCUCUAUGCGGUCCCGGCUGCUCCGAGACCCGGACGGCAGUGCUGAGGAUGACAGCCUUGAACAGACAUCACUUAUGGAAAGCUCAGGGAAGAGCCCCCUUUCCCCUGACACCCCCAGCUCCGAAGAAAUUAGCUAUGAGGUCACACCCAAAACCACGGAUGCCGGCACACCAAAACCAGCUGUGAUUCCUGAAUGUGCAGAGGAGGAUGACUUAGAAAACGGAGAGAAAAAGAGGUUCACACCUGAAGAGGAGAUGUUUAAAAUGGUAACCAAAAUCAAAAUGUUUGAUGAACUUGAACAAGGCAAGCAGAAAAGGGACUACAAAAAAGAACCCAAGCAAGAAGACUCUUCUUCGUCCUCUGAUGCAGAUGUUGAGUGUUCAGCAGACCUGGAUGAACCAAAAUGUAUGGAGAGCGUAGAGGAUAAAAGCAAUGCCCCCGUGGUGGUAACAGCAGAGAGCAGGAAAGCAUCUUCUUCCUCAGAAAGUGAACCUGAGUUGACCCAGCUGAAGAAAGGUGCUGACUCUGGCCUUUUACCAGAGCCAGUUAUUCGAGUGCAACCCCCUUCCCCACUUCCAUCCAGCAUAGACUCAAACUCCAGCCCCGAAGAAGUACAAUUCCAGCCUAUCGUUUCCAAACAAUACACUUUCAAGAUGAAUGAAGAUACUCAGGAAGAUUCAGGUAAAUCAGAAGAAGAAGAAGGUUGUGAAUCUCAUUUACCUGAAGACAGUCAUACUGUUUCCACUAGCGGUCCGGAAAUGUCUUAUGAUGAUGUAAACAGAGAUGCUGAUCAACCAAAAAUCUGUGGUAGCUAUGGCUGUGAGGCUGAGAGUCCUAGCAGCUCGGCCAUUCCUGUCACUUUAGGUCUCCACAGUUCCACUGGUGAGGAUGUCCAUGAGCAGCUAGUUAUCCAUAAGGAACCAUUAGCUCUCCAAGACACUGGUGAAAAAGACACAGAAGGAGAAGAGCUGGAUGUUUCUAGAGUCGAAGCUCCUCAAGUAGGUUACCCCACUGAAAGCUCUUCAUCUUCGUCUUCUCUGCCUCAUUGUCCAGCAUCUGAAGGAAAAGAAUUAGAUGAAGAUGUAGUCUCUACAUCCUCUGCUACAAAAAUGGAGGUCACAAAAGCUGACCAAGCUUUUGAGAGCUUACCAGAUGACUAUUCCACUCAAGACUUGCCUAACACUACUCAAACAGAUAGCUCAUCCUUGGAUGUCCCAGUGUCUGACCCAACAGAGACUGAUGACAUCUCUGAUCCUCAAGUCACAAGCCCUUAUGAAAAUGUUCCUUCUCAGUCUUUUUUCUCCAGUGAAGAAAGCAAAACCCAAACAGAUACAAGACACACAAGUUUUCACUCUUCUGAAGUGUGUUCUGUUACCACCACAUCUUCUGUUGAAGAAGUAGUGGUGACAAGCUCCUCUGGUAGAACUGUUUCAAGCCAGGAAUCUAAUCUUGAGGACCAGAACUUAGAAUGCAAACAAGAGAGCCCCUUGUGCGAAGUGCAACCAGAUGGAGCCCCCUCAUCUCUAGAGCCAGCUGCACCAACUACAUCAACAGUUGUUGGUGAACAAAUAAGCAAAGUCAUCAUCACAAAAACCGAUGUGGAUUCUGAUUCCUGGAGUGAAAUUCGUGAGGAUGAUGAAGCCUUUGAGGCUCGAGUGAAAGAGGAAGAACAAAAGAUAUUUGGUUUGAUGGUAGACAGACAAUCACAGGGUACCACCCCUGACACCACUCCUGCCCGGACCCCAACUGAAGAGGGGACCCCAACCAGUGAGCAAAACCCUUUUCUCUUUCAGGAAGGAAAAUUGUUUGAGAUGACCCGAAGUGGUGCCAUUGAUAUGACCAAAAGGUCCUAUGGAGAUGAAAGUUUUCACUUUUUCCAAAUCGGGCAAGAAUCCAGAGAAGAGACUCUCACUGAAGACAUGAAAGAAGGGGGUACUGGCACUGAGCUCCCACAGCUGGAGACAUCAGCUGAGUCAUUAGCACCCUUAGAAUCAAAAGAAACAGUGAAUGAUGAAGCAGACUUAGUCCCAGAUGACUUGAGUGAGGAAGUAGAGGAGGUACCCACUUCGGAUGGUCAACUUAACUCCCAAAUGGGGAUUUCAGCCUCCACUGAAACGUCAAUGAAAGAGGCUGCUUCUGCAGGGGCUGAGGACCUCCCCUGCAUUCAAAUGAGUGAUACACCUUCUCUGUCCCUUGUGAAGCAGGCAGCUUGCCCUGACUCCCCUGAACUUGUACAAGUGCAGUUAGAUUUUUCCACAGUCACUAGGUCCGUCUAUUCAGAUCGGGAUGAUGAAUCUCCCGAUUCUUCUCCAGAAGAACAGAAAUCAGUCAUUGAAAUCCCCACUGCACCCAUGGAGAAUGUGCCUUCUACUGAAAGCAGAUCCAAAAUCCCUGUAAGGACUAUGCCCACUUCAACCCCAGCAUUUCCUUCUAUGGAGUGUGAGAGUGCCCCUUCUGAAGGUUUUCUACCCAGCCUGGAUGAGGAAAGUCAAGAGGAUGAGACAAAACCAAAGUCUAAAAUCCCUGUGAAAGCACCUGUCCCAAGAGUUGAGCAGCAGCUUUUGCAUCUAGAUUCAUCUCUACAAGAGACAGUGGCUCCUCAGGGACAGGACGUGACAAGCAGAGCACCAGACAGUAGAAGCAAAUCUGAAUCUGAUGCCAGUCCUUUGGACGCAAAGAUCACAUGUCCAGAAAAAACUGGAAGUUACACUGAGACGGAUCUGGAAAGCAGUGAGGGGACAGAGGAGCUGGAGUUAGAGUCAGAAGACGAGACCACGAGACCAAAGAUAUUUGCAUCACGAUUGCCAGUAAAAAGCAAAAGCACAACCUCUUCCUGCAGGGGGGCCACGAGCCCCACAAAAGAAAGUAAAGAGCAUUUCUUUGACCUUUACAGGAACUCCAUAGAAUUUUUUGAGGAGAUUAGUGAUGAGGCUUCCAAGUUAGUGGAUAGACUUACACAGUCAGAAAGGGAGCAGGAGUUAGUUUCAGAUGAUGAAAGUAGUAGUGCUCUGGAAGUUUCGGUAAUUGAAAAUCUGCCACCCGUUGAGACCGAGCAGUCAAUUCCUGAGGACAUCUUUGACACAAGGCCCAUUUGGGAUGAGUCCAUUGAGACUCUGAUUGAACGCAUCCCUGAUGAAAAUGGCCAUGACCAUGCUGAAGAUCAACAGGAUGAGCAGGAACGGAUUGAGGAAAGGCUGGCUUAUAUUGCUGAUCAUCUUGGCUUCAGCUGGACAGAGUUAGCAAGAGAACUGGAUUUCACUGAGGAGCAAAUUCAUCAAAUUCGAAUUGAGAACCCUAACUCCCUCCAAGACCAGAGUCACGCGCUGUUGAAGUACUGGCUAGAAAGGGACGGGAAACAUGCCACAGAUACCAAUCUCAUUGAAUGUCUCACCAAGAUCAACCGAAUGGAUAUUGUUCAUCUCAUGGAGACCAUCACAGAGCCUCUCCAGGAACGCAUCAGUCAUAGCUAUGCAGAGAUUGAACAGACCAUUACACUGGAUCAUAGUGAAGGGUUCUCGGUACUUCAGGAGGAACUAUGCACUGCACAGAACAAGCAGAAAGAGGAGCAAGCUGCUUCUAAAGAGGGCGAGUCCUAUGAUCACCCUCCCAUCGUCUCAGAGGAAGACAUUUCCGUUGGUUACUCCACUUUUCAGGAUAGCAUCCCCAAAACUGAGGGGGAUGGCUCAGUAACAGAACUUCUUCCCAAGACUCACGAGGAGCAAGUUCAGCAGGAUUUCUCAGGGAAAAUGCAAGACCUGCCUGAAGAGUCAUCUCUUGAGCAGCAGGAAUACUUUGUGACAACCCCAGGGACUGAAGCAUCAGAGACCCCAAAGGCUACUGCAGCUCCUGGCUCCCCCAGCAAGACACCUGAGGAAAUCAUCACCCCUCCCGAGGAAGAGAGGCCCUACCUUCAGACCCCGACAGCGAGUGAGCAGGGAGACUCUCCCAUCGUACAAGAACCCGAAGAGCCCCCAGAACAUAGGGAGGCGAGUUUGCCUCAGAAAACUAGCCUCGUGAUAGUGGAGUCUGCUGAUGACCAGCCACAGACCUUUGAAAGGCUUGAUGAAGAUGCAGCUUUUCAAAAGGGAGACGAUAUGCCUGACAUACCCCCGGAAACAGUCACCGAAGAGGAGUACGUGGAUGAACACGGACACACUGUGGUAAAGAAGGUGACUAGGAAAAUCAUUAGGCGGUACGUAUCCUCUGAUGGCACAGAGAAAGAGGAGAUGACGAUGCAGGGGGCGCCACAGGAUCCCAUCAGCAUUGAGGAAGGGGAUGGCUAUUCCAAAGUCAUAAAGCGCGUUGUGUUAAAGAGUGACACCGAGCGGUCAGAGGUAACUUUGUCUGAGCCCAGCAUCUUGUCCAGUACCUCACAAUUUCAGGCUGAACCAGUGGAAGGCCGUAGAGUCAGCAAGGUUGUUAAAACAACUGUGGUACAUGGAGAGAGGAUGGAGAAACAUCUGGGAGAUUCUAGUUUAGCCACUGAUCUUCCUUCAGCCAAAGAUGACUUUGAAGAGGCUUUGAGUUACACAGGUAGCCACAUGAAAGUCCACUCCCCCAGUUUAGUAGAGAAUGAAGUCCUGAAGGAAGAUGGAUCAAUAAUUAGAAGGACAACAAUGAGUAAAGCUAGAACCCAGAAGAGGGCUGUGGUGAAGGACCAGCAUGGAAAGCGCAUUUACUUGGAGCACCUGGAGGAUGUCCCAGAAGCACUAGACCCGGACGACCUCCAGCACGACCUCCAGCAACUCCUUCGGCAUUUCUGCAAGGAGGACUUGAAGCCAGAGGCCAAGUGAGGGGCUGCCCAAUUCUCACCCCAGAAACCACACAUUCACUCGGUAGGCAACCUCCCGUUUCACUAGAGGAGGGACCUAACUGGCCUGAUUAAUGGGAUAUCCUGACAUUUCCACUUUUACCAAGUACACUGCAUUUUGUUUGAGUUUUUUCCCCAUCCUCUUUAACUGUAAGCUAAUUUGUGACCAAAGAGAGCAUCCUUCCCUCCGGAUGCUGUAUCCACUACUUUGUUGUGUCUGUGCUAACCUGGGAACUGGCCACCUCCAUUGUUCUUCUUGGCUUCUGCACAAGCUCCAUGAAAAUCCUUGCACAGAAGAACUUCACCUGCAGACCUCUUCCAAAUGACGAUACCUAGGACUCCUUCAAAGAGAGAUCUGUGUACAAUGUAUAUAGCUAAAAUGCUCAGACGAACAACAUAUUAAAUUAAAACCACUGCCUAUCAUAACUACACUGGGCAUCACAGAAUAAGAGGCCUCUAGAAAUUGCUGCACAAUGGUUCAAUAAGAUAUUGCUAACACAAUCGAACGGUAAUACAGUCCUACUGCAAAAGAAGCACUUCAGACCUACCAUGUCCUUAGAACUUCCAGAGUAGCCCUGGCUCCUAGUUAAAGAUGGGUUAAUAGCCUUGAAGAACUGUCCUAACUAAGCACUUAUUGCUGGUGCUGGCCAGCCGUGAUUUAUGACUCUCCAACCGCCACGGGGGUCGGGGUGGGGGGAGGAAGGGAACGGAGGCCACAGGAUGAAACAGUGAGGUCUUCUGUUGCCAGCAGCUGCAUCCUGUGGCUGUCGAGCAUCUUCAGGUCCUUUAGAUUUUGGACACGUUGGCAGGGUAUUUUAAAAAGCUAUAACUACUGUAGUUUUCCAGUUCUCAUUGCUGCUUUAGCCAACCACGCUGUCUUAUUGGUGGUACUUUCUUCUGGCCACUGCACUGUAGAUAAUUCAUUGAAAACAAGAUUUGCCCAUUACACAAAUGAUUAAACUCCUUCACCUUGUUGGAGUGGUUUCUUCUUUUUUUUUCCCCCCCCUCCAGGUUUAUAUCUUCUCUAACACUUGCAUGUAGCAUUUAAGAAUCAAAAUCACAGUCCAACCCCCUCUUCUAAUCACAUUGGUGGUUUUCAUUCUUUUUUACCCUCAGCAAGCACUUUUCACUUUUCGGCUAGGUCUGUUUUUUAGCCUGCAGACGAGAUUGAGAAAUCCUGAUGAAUUUGGUUUGGGUUAAAAUUUUUGGUUUAUUUACUUGAAAUCCAAACUCCCUUGGAAACUCUGAAGUGCAUUUGUGCACUUUCCUUUUUGUUUGUUUCAAAGAAGGGACUUUAAUUAUCUGAGUGAUUUCCAUGUCCUAUUCAUUAUUCCUCUAGUGGUUGAAGCUGUGUAGCAUUUGAACACAUAUAUAUAUAGUCACAAAUAUAUUCAUAUAAACAGUAUACAUUUUGAAUCAGUUAUUUGUUGAAGAAAAGUAUAUUCGAUGAAGAUGAAAUUUAAAAAUUUUAAAAACCAGAGUCUAUCCUCCAGGGAUUGAACAUUUUCCAACUCUAUCUGGUCUUUUCCUGUUGUGCAAAAAUGACUCAUCGUUCCGAAUGUCAAAAACAAAUACGACAAACAAUGGCACUUCAUCAUUUCAAGGAAUGUUGCCAAGAGAGAAAAUUUCCUGGGAGGGAGAUUUCCCACAAGCCAAAUCUCCUAAGCCUCAAAUGCUUGCACUUUUUGGCAGUUGGAUAGGAAAUAAAACAUUCUUUGGCAGCCAAAAUGAAGGAGGCUGAUGGUGAAACUUUUUGGAUACACCAUGGCCUUCUGGUCCAAACCUUCAACUGGAGCUCCAGAAAAGCAUUUCUGUUGUGUUAUUUGCAGUGCAGAUGAUGUCUAUGUAACAACAUAAUGGUUAUUCACCUUUUUUUUUUCUUUUGAUUUUUGCUGUGUAAUCAAAAACUUGAAUACUGUGAGAAGAAGUGAAUUUUCAGUUGAUGAAUCAGCAUCUUGUUCCCAUGGUGAUAACACUAAUUGAAUAUAUCUAUGAGGGCAUGUAUUAGUUAACGGAAAAAAAAAUACAACACUAACAAUACAUAGCUGCAAUGUGUACAAUGGCUGAUUUAAUUAAAUAAAAUGUACAAGUGUUCAAUGUGGCAA